UCUUCUCAUUUACAUUUAGCACGCGCGCAUGCAAAACGCCAUCGCGCACUUCACACCCUCAAACUAAACACCAACAAAGAUCUGCGUCCGAAUCCGACGGUUUCCUAAAACAGAAUACCGUAUGAAGUCUCCAUUUUGAUACGUCUUCCUACCGGUGUGAGAGCUGCUUGCUGGGUGGGGCUCUGCAAUAUCCUUCCGCGCCGUGUCCGCUCGCUUCCUGGCAUCGGCCCACGGAAACACAUCAUUGAGUUCGGGAGUGGCCCGACUUCUACGCUUGAUGUGUGUUUUCUCAGCACCGUGCACUGCACUGGGAUAAUCCUGAGCUGAUCUCACCGGCGGCGUAGGAGGAGGGCGGCAGCAGCAGCAGCGGCGGAGGCAGCGGAACUGCAGUCAUCAUGACCACGGACAUCUCCGUGGGGAUCCGCUGGGACCCCAGCACUGCCAACCAGCAGGAGAUGGAGGACUAUGACUAUGAUGGCGGAAACAGCUCCUCCCGACUCUUCGAACGAUCACGAAUCAAGGCCCUUGCAGAGGAACGAGAGAUGGUCCAGAAGAAGACCUUCUGCAAGUGGGUCAACUCUCACCUGGUGCGAGCCAACUGCCGCAUCACGGACCUCACCAUGGACAUGCGAGACGGCAAGAUGCUCAUCAAGCUCCUGGAGAUCCUGUCCGGAGAGAAACUGCAAAAGCCGACCAAGGGCAAGAUGAAGAUCCACUGCCUGGAGAAUGUGGACAAGGCCCUGACGUUCCUCAAGGAGCAGAGGGUCCAUCUGGAGAACCUGGGCUCGCACGACAUCGUGGACGGGAACUCCCGCCUCACUCUGGGACUCAUCUGGACCAUCAUCCUGCGCUUCCAGAUCCAGGACAUCACGAUUGAGCAGGUGGACAAUCAGGAGACCAAGUCUGCCAAGGAUGCCCUGCUCCUCUGGUGCCAGAUGAAAACCGCUGGCUACCCUAAUGUAAAUGUGCGCAACUUCACCACCAGUUGGAGGGACGGUCUCGCCUUCAAUGCCCUCAUCCACAAGCACAGGCCUGACCUGAUCCAGUACGAGAAACUGUCCAAGUCGAAUGCGAUCUACAACCUCAACAAUGCCUUCAACACUGCCGAGCAGAAACUGGGGCUCACCCGGCUUCUGGACCCUGAAGACGUGUUCGUGGACAACCCCGACGAGAAGUCCAUCAUCACCUACGUCGUCACUUACUACCACUACUUCUCCAAGAUGAAGGCGGAGACGGUGCAGGGCAAGAGGAUAGGAAAGGUGGUGGGCUGUGCCAUGGAAAACGACCGGUCGAUCGAGGAGUACGACACGCUGACCUCGGACCUGCUCCGCUGGAUCGAGCAGACCAUCGAGGCGCUGUCGGACCGCAACUUUGCCAACUCGCUGGUCGGGGUGCAGCAGCAGCUGCUGGCCUUCAACACUUACCGCACUGCCGAGAAGCCCAAGAAGUUUGAGGAGAAGGGGAACCUGGAGGUGCUCCUGUUUGCGCUGCAGAGCAAGAUGCGUGCCAACAACCAGAAGCCCUACUUCCCCAGGGAGGGCAAGAUGAUCUCAGAUAUCAAUCGGGCCUGGGAGCGCCUGGAGAAGGCCGAGCACGAGCGGGAGCUUGCACUGCGAGAGGAGCUUAUACGACAAGAAAAGCUGGAGCAGCUGGCAGCCCGGUUCGACCGCAAGGCCGGCAUGAGGGAGACGUGGCUGAGUGAGAACCAGCGCCUGGUCUCCCAGGACAACUUCGGCACGGACCUGGCCUCGGCCGAGGCGGCCGCCAAGAAGCACGAGGCCAUUGAAACCGACAUCCUGGCCUACGAGGAGCGCGUCCAGGCCGUCGUGGCCGUGGCGCGCGAGCUCGAGGCCGAGGGCUACCACGACGUCGACCGCAUCAAUGCCAGGAAGGAUAACGUCCUGCGCCUGUGGAACUACCUGCUGGAGCUGCUGCGUGCCCGGCGUGCUCGGCUGGAGGGCUGCCUCACCCUGCAGCAGACCUUCCAGGAGAUGCUGUACAUCGUGGACUGCAUGGAGGAGCUCAAGGGGCGCCUGGCCUCCCCGGACCUGGGCAAGCACCUGAUGGGAGUGGAGGACCUGCUCCAGAAGCACUCGCUGCUCGAGGCCGACGUCAACGUGCUCGGGGAGCGGGUGAAGGCGGUUGUGGGGCACGCCCAGGGCUUCCUCGGGGAGGAGCCGCAGGCCACCGGCGCCGUCGGUCCGGACGGCAGGCCCCUGCCGGCGGACCAGCGGUCCGUGGAUCCCCGGCUGGUGGCGGAGCGCACGCAGCAGCUGGAGGGAGCCUACUCGGAGCUGGUGCGGCUGGCCCUGGAGCGCCGCAAGCGCCUGGAGGACUCACGUCGCCUCUGGCAGUUCUACUGGGACAUGGCCGAAGAGGAGGCCUGGAUCCAGGAGAAGGACCGCAUCCUCUCCUCCCUCGAGAUCGGCCACGACCUCACCAUGGUGCACCUGCUCAUCUCCAAGAACAAGGCGAUGGAGGAUGAGCUUGCGGCCCACGAGCAACAGCUGAUGGAGGUGGUCCGUGCGGGCGAGUCUCUGGUAGCGGAGGGCCAGCCCGGCUCUGAGCGCGUGUCCCAGCGCACGGCAGAGGUUCUGUCCGCCUGGGACCACCUGCGUGAGCUGCAAGCCCUGAGGGCACAGCGCCUGGCCCAGGCGCUGGACUUCCACCAGUUCUUUGCGGACGCGGAUGACGUGGACACCUGGAUGCUGGACACCCUGAUGCUGGUGUCCAGCGACGACGUGGGACGGGACGAGGCGAACGUUCAGUCCCUGCUCAAGAAGCACAAGGAUGUGAUGGAGGAGCUGAAGAGCUACACGGGGGCCAUCGACGCCCUGCACGCGCAAGCAGACGCUCUGGGCCCGGCGGACCGGGAGAGCCCCGCGGUACUGGAGCGACUGGCGUCCAUCGACCACCGCUACAAGGACCUGCUCGACCUGGCCCGGCUGCGGAAGCAGCGCCUCCUCGACGCCCUCUCGCUGCACAAGCUGUUCAACGAGGCUGACGGGGUACACCAGUGGAUCCAAGAGAAGGACAAGAUGCUGGAGAGCAUGGUGCUGACGAGGGACGCGGAGGACACGGAGGUGAUGCGGCACCGCUUCGAGGGCUUUGAGCAGGAGAUGAACGGCAGCGCGUCGCGGGUGGCGGUGGUGAACCAGCUGGCCCGGCAGCUGCUGCACGUGGAGCACCCCAACUCGGAGCAGGUGCUUGAGAAGCAGAACGCCCUCAACCAGAGCUGGGCCGCCCUCAGGGACGCCGCCGAGAAGAAGCGGGAAAACAUCUCCUCGGCCCAUGGGGUGCAGACCUUCCACGUCGAGUGUAGGGAGACUAUCACGUGGAUUGAAGAGAAGACGAAGCUUCUUCAAGCGACGGAGGACCUGGGCGACGACCUCACGGGCAUUAUGACCCUUCAGAGGCGCCUCAGCGGCAUGGAGCGCGACCUGGCUGCCAUUCAGGCCAAGUUGGAUGCCUUGGACAAGGAGGCGGAAAGAAUCAAGCAGGAACAUCCAGAGGAGGCAGACGCCAUUCAAGAGCGGAUCUUGCAGAUCAAGACGGUCUGGGAACAGCUGACCCAACUGCUGAAGGAGCGGGAUGCGAAGCUGGAGGAGGCAGGGGACCUGCAUCGCUUCCUGCGGGACCUGGACCACUUCCAGGCGUGGCUGACCAAGACCCAGACGGAGAUUGCAUCCGAGGACGAGCCCACCUCCCUGCAGGAGGCCGAGAGGCUGCUUGAGCAGCACCGCCUCAUUCGGCAGGAGGUGGACAACUACACGGACGACUACGCCAAGAUGAUGGAGUACGGGGAGCGGAUCACGGCGGACGCAGCAGACGAGGACCCCCAGUACAUGUUCCUGCGAGAGCGCCUUCGGGCCCUGCGGGACGGCUGGGCGGAGCUGACCCAGAUGUGGGAGAACCGGCAGGCCCUGCUGUCCCAGUCCCUCAACCUGCAGCUGUUCCAGCGCGACGCCAAGCAGGCCGAGGUGCUGCUCAGCCGCCAGGAGCACCACCUGUCCAAGGACGAGACACCCACGAGUCUGGAGCAGGUGGAGGACCUCAUGAAGCGCCACGAGGCCUUCCUGACAACGAUGGAGGCCAACGACGAGAAGAUCAAUGCCGUGGUGCAGUACGCCCAGAGGCUCUGCAACGAGGGCCACUUCGCCUCCGACAAGAUCCGCAAGAAGGCCGACAGCAUCCUUGAGAGACGAGAUGCCAACCGCAACCAGGCUAACGACCAGAUGGCCAAGCUGGCUGACCAACACGCACUGCAUCAGUUCCUGCAGGACUGCGACCAGCUGAACGAGUGGGUGCAGGAGAAGAGCAUCAUUGCCCAGGACGAGACGUACCGCAGUGCCAAGACGGUGCACUCCAAGUGGACCAGGCACCAGGCCUUUGAGGCCGAGGUGCAGUCCAACAAGGACCGCCUCUACCAGGUCCAGCAGGCCGGCCGCGCUCUCGUGGCGGAGAAGCCCGAGAUGGCACAACUGGUAGAGCCCAAGCUGGCGGAGCUGGGCCAGCAGUUUGCCGCCCUGGAGGACACGACCAAGGAGAAGGGCCUGAAGCUCUUCGACGCCAACCGCCAAGUGCUGUACGAACAGACCUGCGACGACAUCGACUCAUGGAUCGACGAGCUCGAGUCUCAGGUGCUGGUCUCUGAGACGGGCCAGGACCUGACCUCGGUGAACCUGAUCCUCCAACGCCAGAAGGACGUCGAGACGCAGAUGGCCCAGAAGGCACGCCAGGUGGACGAGCUGCAGAACCAGGCGACGUACCUGCAGAAGCUGGACCCCCAGAAGACGGAGGACAUCAUCGCCAAGCGGUCGGUGGUGGAGCAGCGCUUCGAGCGGCUGCAGGCUCCGUUGAUGGAGCGGCGCAACCAGCUGCUCAAGAAGAAGGAGGCCUACCAGUUCCGCCGGGACGUAGAGGACGAGAAGCUCUGGGUCCGGGAGAAGAUGCCCCUGGCCCAGUCGCCCGACCGGGGCGCGUCGCUCUUUGGGGUUCAGAUGCUGCGCAAGAAGGAACAGUCGCUCCGCAACGAGGUGGACAACCACGAGCCCCGCAUCGUGUCCAUCUGCGAGAACGGGCGCAAGCUGGUGGCUGAGGGCCACGAGGAUGCGGCGGAAUUCGACCGGCUGGUCAAGGAGCUGGAAGACCUGUGGGCCAAGUUGAGGGAUGCCCUGGACGCCCGCCGCAGGGACCUGCUCGUCUCCGAGAAGGCACACCAGUACUACUUCGACGCGAGCGAAGCGGAGGCUUGGAUGAGCGAGCAGGAGCUGUACAUGAUGGUGGAGGACCGCGGGCGGGACGAGAUCUCCGCCCAGAACCUGCGCAAGAAGCACCAGAACCUGGAGGGGGCCGUGGACGACUACGCCGACACCGUGCGGCAGCUGGGAGACACUGCGCGCCGCCUGGUGCAGGAGGAGCACCCCGACAGUGACCAGAUCACGGUGCGGCAGUCGCAAGUGGACAAGCUGUACGCCGGCCUGAAGGACCUUGCCCUGGAGCGGAGGCAGAAGCUGGAGGAGGCCCUGCGCCUGUUCGGCCUCAACCGGGAGGUCGACGACCUCAUGCAGUGGAUCGCAGAGAGGGAGGUGGUGGCGAGCUCGCAGGAGCUGGGCCAGGACUACGAGCAUGUGACGCUGUUGCGCGAGCGCUUCAACGCCUUCCGGGACGACACCAAGGCGGUCGGGGAGGAGCGGGUGCAACGGGCGUGCGCCCAGGCGGAUGCCCUGAUGAGCCAGCAGCAGGGCACGGGAGGCGAUGCGGCCACGGCGGCCCAGUGGAAGGACACCCUGCAAGAUGCCUGGGCAGACCUGCUCGAGCUCAUGGACACCCGGGCACAGGUGCUGGCCGCCUCCUGGGACCUGCAUCGCUUCUUCCACGACUGCAAGGACGUCCACCAACGCAUACUGGAGAAGCAAAACAGCAUGUCGGACGAGCUGGGGCGUGAUGCAGUGAGCGUGCAGAACCUGCAGCGGAGGCAGGCCAACUUCGAGAACGACCUGCAGACCCUGGGCUCGGCCGUGGAAGCCAUCCAGGGACAGGCGGCGCAGCUGGGGGCCGCCUAUGCGGGCGACAAGGCUAGAGAGAUACAGAGCCGUGAGUCCGAAGUUGUGGCGGCCUGGCAGCGCCUCCUGGGGGCCUGUGACGGGCGCAGGGCACGGCUGGCGGACACGGGCGACCUGUUCCGCUUCCUGUGCAUGGUGCGCGACCUCCUGCUCUGGAUGGAGGACGUCGUGCGCCAGAUGAACACCUCCGAAAAGCCCAGGGAUGUGUCUGGGGUCGAGCUGCUGAUGAACAACCACCAGAGCCUGAAGGCGGAAGUGGACGCCCGGGAGGACAACCUGUCCUCGUGCGUGGCCCUGGGCAAGGAGCUGCUCGCCCGGGGCCACUACGCCUCGGGGGAGAUCAAGGAGAAGCUGCUCGCCCUCACCACCCAGCGAAGCGCCAUGAUGGCCCGCUGGGACGAGCGCUGGGAGCACCUCCAGCUCAUCCUGGAGGUCUACCAGUUCGCCAGGGACGCGGCCGUGGCGGAGCACUGGCUGGUGGCCCAGGAGCCCUACCUGCUCAGCCAGGAGCUGGGGCACGCCAUCGACGAAGUGGAGCAGCUCAUCAAGAAGCACGAGGCCUUCGAGAAGUCGGCCGCUGCUCAGGAGGAGCGCUUUGCAGCCCUCGAACGUCUCACCACGUUUGAGCUGAAGGAGAUGAGGGCAAGGGAAGAGGAGCAGGAGCGACAGCGGCAGCAGGAGGAAAUGGAAAGACUGGCCGCCCUGCAGCCCCCGCCCUCGCACGAGCCGUCUCAAGACAGAGUUGACGCCGAAGCUUCCGCGGAAGCGGUCAGAGAACAACCUGUCCUGAACGGCGAGCAGGAACGUCACGUUGGUGAACAGCACGCAGAGGCGUCAGUCAAAAGACCGCGCGCCAGGACUCCGACGUCUCCGCCACCUCCAGUGCCAUCGCCGCCAACGACGCCGCCAGCAACGGAAGUGAGUGGGAGCCGCUCUCCCGCACCGCACGCGACCCCUUCAGCGGCGACGGCGUCUCGUUCCGCUCCAAGCACUCCGACGCCUCCCAAGGACAAGAAAAAGCGCUCUCGCUCAAAGUCGCCCUUUGGGAGCUGGCGCAGGAAGAAGUCGCCACUGGAUGACUCUGACGAGGCCGCCUUCUCAGAGAAGCUCAGCGCUCCGACUGAUGAAGAUGGCCAAUUCGAGGGGCUGUUGCUGAGGAAGCACGAGUGGGAGUCGACCACCAAGAAGGCCUCUAACCGGUCAUGGGAGAAGGUCUACGUGGUGAUCCGGGGAGCCGUGCUUGCUGCCUACAAGGACCAAAAGCAUUAUAAACAGGAGCCCGAGAGUCACUACCGCAACGAACCUCCCAUCGACCUGAGGACCGCCACUGCCGAGGUCGCCGCCGACUACACCAAAAAGAAGCACGUGUUCCGGUUGAAACUUUCCAACGGAGGAGAAUUUCUUUUCCAAGGAAGGGACGACGAGGAGAUGGGCCAGUGGCUGCAGAAGGUGCAGGCAGCCAUUGGCGAGGCGGAAGGGUCGGCGGGGCCCUCGAGAGCGCAGACACUGCCAGCCGAGCGCAAGGACGAGCCCAAGAAGCGCAGCUUCUUCACCCUCAAGAAGAAUUGAAGUGGAGCGAGGGGAAGACAAUAAAAUGUAAGAAAAAUUUCUGGGCUGCUACCGAGACAAGAAGAAGAAAAACUUUUUCCGUUCUUUUCCUCUUGGCGUUUUCUCCCUUACCACACAUUUGUUCUCCGCCGUCUUCUGCCAAGCCUCGUUGGAACGAGCAUCGCUGCCACUGCUGCUGCCGUCGCGGUGUUUCAUCCCCGUCUCUUCUCCCCCUCGUCCGGGGAAACAGAAUAACACUAAAAAUCGACCCCCCCUACCUUUCCCCGAUCUCCCCCCGACAUUUGCCGACAUCUACCCGGCGUCGCCCCGCCCGACGUCCUUGCAUCGCCGCAAACGUGCAAGACGCGCGAGCCAAGCAACCAACCACCGCAUCAGCACAUUGACAUCGUUGUUGUUUCUUCACACCGCACUGUCCGGGAAAAAAAAAACAAAGAUUUUUUUCCUCUUCCGGUGUUGACGCUUGCGAGACAGAAUGUCCGUAGUGUUGUUUCGAGAAUCCGUUCCUUAAAAAGAAAAAAAAAAAAAAAGUUUUGAGCAUUCCUUUUUUAACCAUGCAGCUAAAGGAAUGGUUUGGGCGGCGUUUUAUCGGAGUUUCGUCUUAGUUUUAAAGCGUUUCAUAGUGUUCUUCCCACCGGGCGCGAGCGGCGUUUUACGUGUCUUAUCAGAAUUUUCCUUUUUUUAUUUUAUGUACCUGGUUCAGCAGUAUCUGGGGCUUCUUUUUGUUUCCUGUCUCAAAAGUAGAUCAUGUUUUUUUAAAACAAAAAAGAGAACGCGAAAGUGACGACAGAUUUUUGCCGGCCAAGCGCCGGCUCUGUGUAUGUUUGUUUGUGUUUAGCCUUCUUCACUUUGUUCGGUAGACCAGUUCUUUUUUGUUUGUUUUUUUCGUGCGCGUUUAAUUGUUGGGUUUUCUCGUUCGUCUCGCUACUACUGCCUUUUUGGUUUCUUGCAAUCUAUUGUGAAAUAUAUAUAUAUAGCUUCUUCAGAGGAUUAAGGAGACAAAAAAAAAAAAAAGCUUUCUUUAGCUUGCCUCUUUGUCGGUCAUCAGUAACAUAGCUCGUCGUUGCAAGCAUACUCUUAGAGGUGCAGGUUUCCACCGUUUCGAGUAAACCGAACCACCCUGUAAAGCUUGAGUGACCACCGAGGCAGAAGCAGCAAAAACAAAAAAAAAGUGUGCGCUGUCGUUGUUGUGCUUUGUCAACGAGACGAGAAAGACUCGAAAGCAAGUUAGGGAUCGCUUCAAAGACGCGUUAUACCAAUGUUCUUUUUGGGUUUUUUUUUUCUUGAACCAUCUUUGCGUUAUUGUCUUGUGUCGUCCUAACUGUAGCGGAAGAUGACAGAGGCAAGUAAUAAAGAAUUGACGCCUUAGCGGCAGCUA